UUCUAGGCAUCAUGGUACUCUCAAGCCUCUUAUUUUUCAACCUCAUUGUCGGCUCUUUGAUGCUGUCUCUGAUAUACAAAUUCAUCAAGUCUCAGAAUGAGCGACGAAUCGACGAACAGUUUGCAGCAAAAAAAGGAUGCCAGCCACUCAAAUUGUGGAAUUCAAAAUGGCCUCUGGGGCUUGAUUUACUUCUCAAAGCUUUUGGAGCAUGAUCGCAAGCAGCAGAUUCUUCAAUUCUUUCUAGACGUAGUAGCUGAGUCGGGAACAACCUUCGAGCAGAAGCUCCUGUUUGCUCGAGGCAUUGACACAAUUGAGCCCCAAAACAUUGAGGCUAUCCUUUCAACGCAGUUUUCUGGUAGAAUCAAUUCCGAGACAGCUGCUGCCUUUCGCUGA